ACAUACAUUAUCAAUAGCAGCUGGCUGCCUCAUUAUGGUUAACCUGCUGGCGACGACAGGUGUCGAGCCCUGUUCUUAGUGCAGGAACACCAGGAUGCAUACAAGGAGUAUACAGACAAUGAGGACAUAUACUAGGGGGGUCCAACACAUGACAGAUUAUACGAAGACCUUAAAAGAUACACACGUAUUGAUUUGAACAGCUUUCUUAUUGGAAGAAUGUAGAAUGUUCUUAAUGUACUGCUUGACCUCCUCAUGGAAGAGUGGGGUUUUUUAUUAGUGAAUUUACAUCACAUGUCGAGAUACAUUUAUAAUACUCAAAGUUUUAUGGCUGCGUGUGGAUGUAACAGAACAACCGGAACAGAACAGAGCUGAAGAUUAGAUGGACGGGUUUGCAGGUGACAUACUGAGCGGUGGCCGGGCGUUGCUAGGCGAGGACAGCUCGGUCAUGGCCCGCAUGCAGAAGAAGUUUUGGAAGACGAAGCAGGUUCUGAUCAAGGCCACAGGGAAGAAGGAGGAUGAGUACGUGGUGGCUUCUGAUGCCGACCUCGACGCCAAGCUGGAGUUGUUCCACUCGGUACAGACCACCUCCACUGAGCUGUUGAAGGUGAUUGAGAAAUAUCAGCGGAGGAUCACACACCUGUCUCAGGAGGAGAAUGAGUUGGGGAUGUUUCUGAGGUUCCAGGCAGAACACGACCGCACCAAGGCUGGCAACAUGAUGGACGCAACUAGCAAGGCCCUGUGUGCCUCGGCCAAGCAGAGGCUGGUCCUGUGCCCGCCCCUACACCGGAUGGAGCAGGAGGUGGAGACGUUUCGGCGGCGUGCGAUCGCUGACACGCUCCUGACCGUGACCCGGAUGGAGAAAUCCAGGACGGAAUACCGUGGAGCGCUGCUCUGGAUGAAGGACGUCUCUCAGGAACUCGACCCGGACACCUGUAAACAUCUGGACAAGUUCCGCAAGGUGCAGUCCCAGGUCAGAGGUUCGAAGGACCUGUUUGAGAAGCUAAAGAACGAUGUGUGUCAGAAGGUUGACAUGCUGGGAGCCUCCCGUUGUAACAUGCUGUCUCACUCUCUCUGCACAUAUCAGAUCACCCUCCUCCAGUUCUGGGAGAGGACCGCCUGUGUGAUGAGUGGGAUUCAUGAGUCUUUUAAAGGCUUUGUCCCCUACCAGUUCACCACUCUCAAGGACCUCCGGGACCCUCUGGAGCAGCUGACUGAUUUAGACCUAACCAACCGGGACCAUAACAAAGAGAAGGACAUACAGAGUAACAGUCUGGUCUCUCUGGAUGAAGAGAAGCCAUCAGAAUCAGCCUCUGGCCCCUUCCAUGCUGCUGAUGGACAGAGCCACAUCAGUGAAAGCUCUCUGUGUGCUAGUCUGGACUCUGCCCUGUGUGACCUCAGUGGGCAUCUCAGUACAGCCAGCACCGAUGAUGACCUCUUACUCCUGGCCUGUGACCAGCCCCAGCCUGGCCUCUCCUCCUCCAUGCAGCCUCUGGCCCCUCUACAUACCACAGCAGCCUCUGGUGGUCCCUGGGGGUUUGGAGGUGGGGACCUCUCUGGAAGCUCUCUACUACAGCAGGGUCCCAGGGUGGGGGACAAGGAGGAGGAGGACAGAGAGACUGGGGACAUGGCCUUUCUGAAGGACCUCCUGAGCCCUGGACCAAUGGACGCAGACGAGUUCAGUCGAGAGUGGCAAGGCACCUUUGGCUGCUUGGAGUUCUCUGACCGUGUCCCCCCCACCCCCACCCUAGUCCCUCCUCCACCUACUGGAGUGGCCUGCCCCCCCUCUCAGUCCCCCAGUCCCACCGGCUUCCUGCCCUCCCAGCUGCUGGACCACAGUCUGAGUUCUACAGGCUGGGCGACGCCUCCCAUGUUCCAGGCUCCGCCCCUACAAUCCCCAGUGUCUGGCCAGGUCCAGUCAGCUAAGGGUGGCCCAAAGUCAACAGCCAAUGUUCCUAAAGCUGCAUCGCGGGACAUGUCUGCAUGGUUCAACCUGUUUGCUGAUCUGGACCCCCUCUCUAACCCUGACACCAUAGGACGCUCUGAUGAUGAGAUCCUCAAUGCCUGAGGGGGGUGUGUGUGUGUAGUUACUGUAUACUUUGUAAUGUCUGUAAUAUUCUAUAUUGAUGAUUGAGGAGGAUUUGACUGAGAUUCAUCUUCUAUACAAGAUAUGUACUGUAAGUGGGGUGGGCUUAACCGUAGAGAUAUAAUAUAGAACCUAUCACCGGACCGGGCUCUACCAGUGACAUGGUCUAUAGUACUAAUUAUAAAGCGGGUAGUUUGGGUCCUGAAUUCUGAUUGGCUGAAACAGCAUUCCAGUGUUGUGUAUAUCAGACAAUAUACCACAACUCCUAGUUUCCUGUUCCGUUUAUGUUGGUGAGCAGUUUAGAAUAGCAAUACUGGGUUGGUGGUAUAUGGCCAGUAUAGCACUGCUAAGGGCUGUAUCCUGGACCUCUGCUUCGCGUCGUGCCAACAGCCCUUAUGCGGGGUAUAUUGGCCAUGUAUCACAGCCCCUCUGGCCUCAUUGCUUAACUAAAGACUCCCCGUAAUCUGAUCCGUUUUUGGUUCUAAAGGAAGUCGAAGUAUCCACACUGGAGUGAUGUGGAUCUAUGCCAAGCAAGGGACAGCUUAUACAGUGGGUUAACAUUGGCUUUAGGUCAUCACUGCCCCCCCCCAUCACUGAUUAUUUGGACGAAGGCAGUGUGGUAAAAUCAGCAGGGGGGAGGCAAACCCGGAACACCCAAUUUAUUAAACACAUGGACCCAGAACAUGGACCCAGAACUUGGACCCAGAGACCCAGAACAUGGCCCCAGAGACACAGAGACCCAGAACAUGGACCCAGAGACCCAGAACAUGGACCCAGAGACCCAGAACAUGGACACAUAGACCCAGAACAUGGACCCAGAGACCCAGAACAUGGACCCAGAGACCCAGAACAUGGACCCAGAGACCCAGAACAUGGACCCAGAGAACCAGAACAUGGACACAUAGACCCAGAACAUGGACACAUGGACCCAGAACUAAAUCGUGCAGCUGUGAGUUAACUGAGAUGUCUAAGAUGGUCUAAUCAUGUAAACUGCAGCAUCUGGUUCUUGUCUCCACUACAAGAACUGGAUUUGAUACAUCUCCCCUUGCUAAUACUACCAUACAGCCCUUUUAGCAGGUAGGAUUUAUACUGUACUGUAAUCACAUAGAUCACCUAGGAAACAGCUUGUUCUACCUCACUGAAGCUCAUAUCACUGAUUCUGUUUUCGUGAUACAGGAACUCUAGAAGCUUUUCUCUGGAAUACGUUUGAUGAUUGGUUAUCUUCUGAAUCCCCAUGAGCGAAAGCAGAAGCAGAUAGCUCUGAGCUUUUCAUGAGAAGAAUGGGAAUAUUGUGCAGUCGUAAGUCUCACGAUGCAGUUUUUAUUACUUUACAGGUCAUUCAGAAAGUAUUCAGCCUUCACUUUAAUCCACAUUUUGUUAAGUUACAGCCUUAUUCUAAAAUGGAUUACAUCGUUUUUCCCCCCUCAUUAAUCUACACACAAUACCAUUAUAAUGACAAAGCAAAAUAGCUUUUUAGAA